AUGACUUCCCCCGCAUUUCUAACCCCAGAUCCUACAUGGGACGGGGAUUCUGCAGAUGGGCCUCUUCUCCUGACAGUCCGUUUCUCUGCCUCAAUUGCCGACCUCCCUCUUGACAUCCAGAACCCUGAUAUCACCACGGCUGCCGGCUUAAAGCAAUUGAUCCGAACGCGCCUUCCUCCGAACCUCUCAUCGCAUCGUCUCCGUUUGAUCUACGCUGGCCGUGGUCUGGAAGAUGCCAUCCCGCUCAGUGUUUCUUUAAAACUCCCACCUUCGCCUUCUAGAACUCCCAUCAUACACGACGAUGCUACCACUGCCAAGGGGAAGGGCAAAGCGCCCGUUCGGGAGCAGCCCCGGCUCUACAUUCAUUGCUCAAUAGGCGAUAUCGUUCUAUCCGACGCUGAUCUAGCGGCUGAGGCGGCAAUGGCCACCACACUUCAGCAAGAGCAGACGGAUGAGGCUUAUACAGGUAGACAAAAGCAGCGGCAGCAGCAGCAGCCUCCGCCGUCCACUACAUCCGCUCCUCGCGGUUUUGAUCGGCUGUUAUCGGCGGGAUUCACCCCUGCCGAGGUGUCGGCGCUGCGAUCCCAGUUUAUGGCUAUCCAGUCUGUAUCGCGGACGCCGGACACCAUGCCGACGGGGGCGGAGCUGCGCGAGCUCGAAGACCGGUGGAUGGACGAGGGGUCAUCCGCGAUGGCCGCGGGCAUGGGCGGCGGAGGUGAGAGCGUUUCCUUUGCAGAUGAUGAUGGCGGCUUUGGGGCUGGCUCCCGAGGCGCUAUGGACGAUAUGCUUUGGGGCGCUGUGAUGGGGUUCUUCUGGCCUGUGGGGUGCGCGAUGUGGUUGAGGAGGGAGGAGGGGGUAUGGAGUUGGCGGAAAGGAUUGGCGGUCUUUGUGGGCGUCGUUGUCAAUGUUGCAUUUGGCGCUAUGCGCAUUAUGAAUUAG